AAUGGUGGGAUUGUGUAUCAAAAUCGGGCAUGACACGUAUUUUACGAUUUUUAUAAAAUAAUUUGUGAAAAUUUUACAAUGUUAUUGUGUUUGUAGAAGGUUUACGUCUACAAUAUAAUUUGAUUCCGAAAACAUGGAGUUUCGUGAAACGUUGUUAGCAGCUCAACGAAAUCAACAACAAAAGUCAUCUGAAAAUGCAUACUACAAAGCUCGCUUUGAUCCGCCCAAGAAAGAGCAGAAACAGAGGGACAAAUUGUCAGCUAAUAUUCAAAAAUUUUUGGCAAAGAAGGAUGAGGAAGAGAGGCAAAAGAAAAUUGAAGCUCAAAGGAAAAGAGAGGAGCUCCUUGCUAUGAGAGAUCCUAAAGCCUUGAAAAAGAUUCAGAAAACUCUGAAAGUGAUCAAGUCAGCCAAUAAGUCAGUGAUUGCUGAUGCUAUUGAUCGGGAUAACACUGCAGUGACUCGUGAGGGGCCGGACCAGCCUGAUCAAGAUGAUUAUGGCUAUGAGUCCCAAGAAGCAGCAGCUAUUUACGAAAAGAUGAUGGAAAAGUAUAGUAAGAUGCCAGAUGAACCAAAAUUUCCAGUAGGAAACACAUCUGUAAAGAGAGAUCUUAAUGGUACAAGAGAGCGCGUAAAACACGCCUUGAGACAUGAAGAUGAUCCGGUACCUCAUAAGCGUCGACGGAAAGGAGAGAAUGGAGAGCGAGAAUCAAGUCCACCAACAAAAUAUGAGCCUGAAAAAAAAGAAACUAAGCCAGAAAAGCCCAAAUUUCGGAAACCAGCCCCUCCCCCUAUGGACUUCAAUCAACUGUUGAAACUAGCUGAACAAAAGAAGAGUGAACCAAUUGAAAUAGGAAAGAAGAAAGAAGCUGUAGCAGAGUCUGAGGCAGGCCCUGAGAGACUCAUGACCAAGAAACAGAAGAGGGAUUAUGAGGAGGAGAUGGCGAGAAGACAACGUCGCUUAGAGAGGUUGGAGGCAGAGAAAAAUGGUGGUAAGAAAGUAUCAAGAGAUGAUAGACCGAGGGACGACAGAUCAAGAGAUGACAGACCCAGGGAAGCUGAAAGAGAAAGAAGACCUGAACCAAGUUCUGGGUUAGGUCGCAUCCCGAAAAUGUCAGACAAAAUGAACAAUCACAACUCUAGAAAUGACAGUCCUAGACCAUCUGACAGAGAGAGAAGUGAAAGGGAGAAAAUAGAGAAAUUACAAAAAGAAAGAGACCGAUUAAGACUAGAAAAAGAUAAGGCUGAACGUGAGAAGGAAAGAAUAGACAGAGAGAGACUUGACAAGCUGAAGGCGGAGAGAGAACGAAUCGAAAGAGACAUAGACAGACUUAACAGAGACAGAGAAAAGUUAGAAAAGGCUAAAUCUAAGUUAGAGAGUAGCAGUAGACCCCCAGAAAAAGUAGUCAAAGGUGUUAACAAACCUGUAGAUAGAUCAAAAUUAAAUUAUAAGGAAGGAGUUAAACAAGAUGUAAAUAAAAACAUAGACUUAAAGAGCCAAAAUACAUACAGGAUAGAUAAGAAUUCUAAUGAAAGGAAAUUAGCUGUACCGGGUAAGCAAUCUGAUAGUAAAUUAUUGAAUGGCCAUAGUAGCCAGGGUAAGUCAGUGCCAAAGCAGAGAGAGCCUGUGCAUCAAAAUGGCUUUAAGGAUAAAGCUUUACUGGCUAAGCAGAGAGCUGCCGAAGGAUCUCAGAAAGUAAAUGAUAAGAGGCUGGUAGACAGUAAAGGAGUGCCUUCUAAAAGACCUGAUGAUAGGAAACUUGGUGCUAGUGACAAAGCUGGCCCAAGUAAGCCGAAGAUUACAAGUACAUUUGAUUUUGAUAAGCACAUUAAUGGUUUGGGUAAGAAUGGCGCGAGAAAGCCGGACGGUACGCGCCAGUUCCCGCCAGGUGACGUCAGGAGAAAAGCUAUGGAGAAGAAGAAACGUCGCGCUCUAGACUCUGAUUCGGAGUACGAUUCUGAACUGGAUGAUUUCAUUGACGACGGCGAUGAUGAAAUGGAUUACUCCAGACAUAUUAAGGAGAUAUUUGGUUAUGAUAAAUCCAAGUAUCGAGACAUGGAUGAUGAUGACGAUCCUACCAUGGAGUCCAGUUUUGCGCGACAACAACGCGAGGAGUACAUUAGUAAAAAGAUUGGUAUUAUGGAAGACUUAGAAGACAUGAGGAUGGAGGCUAUGCAGAAGAAAAAGACCAAAAAAGGUCGACGGAUCAGCGACGACUGACGAAACAACGGCUAACUGGCUAGUGGCGAGCGGCUUUCGAGCAUUAUUUGGAGACAAUCGCUUGCCAACAUUUAAUUACAAUACACGGUAUUUAAUUAAACACUAGACAGUCAUUUAUGGAAUGGGAUCAAUUAAAUUCAAUUGUAAGUUGCACCCGAUUGUCUCCAAAUAACGAACUUAUUUAACUUAGUUACCUGUACAAUAUAAUAAUUUGUUUAUUUGUAUAAAGUGAAUUAGUUUUUGAGUUGUGAAAUAAUAUUGUAGCUUGGUAUGUUAUUUUUUACCGCUUUUUAUCUUAAAUCUUAACAAGCACUGAAUGUAAGUCAGCAAAUUAACUUUUGAAUUUGCUUCCUUGCCUAGUAAAGGGUCACUUACUUUAUCUACAUCUGCUUAUACUACUUUAUAGAACACUUGUGCAAUAGACACUUACCACAACAUAGGUAGUUAAGGUUUUUAUGUUUAUAGUUUUUCUAUCAGGUUAAGUUCGGGUUGUUGGACUAUUCUGAGGAAUCACAAAUAAUGGGUAAUAUCUUUCAAUAGGUACCAUAUGUAUCUUUAAAGAAUAAGAAUAAAAAAUCAAUGUAAAUUCACGUUAAGAUUUUUAUUCUUAGAUAAAUGUAUGAACUGGUAUAUAAACGUCUGUCAAGGUUGUUGCAGUUACAAUAAAAGCGUGUUAAAGUUGUGACAUAUUAUCUUAAGUUAAAGUUUACUCGAUAAAAUAACUGUAAAUUAUGAAUUUAUUUGAACAACCGUCCAUAAUUUAUUAAUGCAUGCUAUAUUUUUCUAUCAUGCAUAUAAAAAACAUUGUACCUGUGCCUGUGGGUUGCUUAUUCUUUUCGCAAAUACAAAAAGAAACGAAUUAGACAUUUAUGUCUUCUAGUACUUCUGUAGUCUGUUUACAAUAGAGCUUUCUCUUUCACCAUCUUAUUUUAAAUUUAUAUUUCCGGCGCCAACGUUUUUGGGCACAUCCAUGUGCAUAGAAAAAACUUCCAUUUUUGACGUGUGGCAACCUUGGCGACGACCAAAGCAUAGUUUAUCAAGCAAGGAUUUUGAAUAUUUAAUAGGACUGGGUUGAACUAGAUAGGUUAUGAUUUGUAAAUGAUUCGUGUUCUGAUUUAUAAACGAUUGUGUAUAGUAGAUGAAUUAAUUUAUAUUUUAUUAGUGUAAUCAAAUACUGAAAUAUUUACAUUAAUCAUAGACAUUGUUAUUGGGUUGUAGUACCUUAGUUAUGUUUCAUCUACGAAACUUGUUGUUUCACUGUUGUAAGAAAAUCCCAGUUUCUAUAAACCUUAUAGUAUUUUCAAUAAGUUGUUAUCUUCUGCGAUAACUUGUAUGUAACAUAGUAAAUGUUACACACUGUUUCUCUUGCCCCAAUUAAAAUACUUUACAAAAGUAUGUUAGACACAUUGUGGAAAUAUAUUAUUUCAUAGAUAUAUCUUAACCUACUUUAUGAAUGCUUUCUUUAUACAUAUAUUAAAUAUUCCACAAUGUGUUUGGUCCACAGUGGCAGUUCAUCUUCAUACCUUGACGACUGUUAGACAUUCCCUGUGGCUACAUGUGCUUGUUGAAGCUGAUAACUUUGUUUACAUGUAAUUAAUAAUGUUAAUAUACUUUUAAAGCAUAAUUUGUAACCUAAACGAAUGUAAAUCUUGUAUACUUUUGUGAUAUUGAAGAGCAAAAAAUAACAAAAAUAUAAAUACAUAUUACAUAAAUAUUUUGAAAA